AUGAACUUCACGCCCGCAGUCAGCUAUCCCGAAGUUGCCGGGGGUCCCGGAUGGAUUCGCAAGAUGCGUACCAUUUUCCGUCGACUUGACAGUAAUGGGCAUGGCUACCUCUGCGUCAGUGACUUCCUGGAUAUUGCCUCGCGCAUCCUGACUACCUUCUCUAAGUGCGACCACUUCUUCGAGGAUCAGGUGGUGCAGAAUAUGGUUCAUCUGUGGUACGGCGUUAUCUGCACCAUUGGUGAAGAACACACGCGCACCCACGUUCAGAUGAAUGAGGCCAUGUUUGUGGAGAGCAUGGCGAAGUGCAUCAACAAGGCCUUCAAGGAGGAAUUCAAGAACAUCAUGGUUGACACCUUCUUUGACCUAGUCGACACAGAUCACGAUGGGCUCAUUCAGAUGAAUGAGUUCGUAGGCAUCAUUGACGCCUUUCGGGGCAAUGAAAAGGAGGCAGAACUGGUUUUCCGGUUGGCGGACUCGGCCGGCGACAAGAAGGGCAAGAUCACCAAAGAGCAGUAUGAGGGUCUGAUUGCGGAGUACUUCUUUGAUGAGAACAUCAAGGGCAAGACAGCGAAGCUGUGGGGAGCACUGAUAAAUUACAAGCGACCCGAGGACUACCCCGAAUGCGAGUGCGGACCCACUUGGGAGGGUAAGAUGAGGACAAUGUUCCGGCGUCUGGAUAUUAAUCAGGCGGGCAAGUUGCGGUGCCAUGACUUUAUCCAGAUUGGACGAAGUUUGGCCCAGAGAAACCACUUGAACAAGCACAAGGCGGAUGCCUUAAUGCGUUCAAUGCUGGACAUUUGGGUACACUAUUUCUCCGUCGACAAAGAUGGUGAGUUACUGUAUCUACUUAAAUAAAUCUUCGAUGGGUGUUGGCUGGAAAUUUUGGGGUUAUUUGAAACAAAGUAGAGAACAGAUUUUACGUAAAUGCAGUAAUCUACUUCUUAAAUAGGUGAUACAUGCAGCCACGUCAAAGUUGUUCGCUCUAGCUAAAUGCUACUGUUUUCACUUUUCGGGACAUCAAGUGAAAAAGACGGUUCCUUGAAAACCAAGGUAGUUUGUAAGUGCUCUGCAAAGAUGCUGAAAAGUAAGGCCUGCGCAAGCAGUUUCCAGAAUUUGGAAAAAUUUCCUAUAAGAAAACAUACAUCUCCGAGAUUUUAAGGAAACCUGUGUUCUGUUGGUGAUAAGUUUUAGUCUGACUGCUUUAGACAAGAGCAAUAUUAUGAAGACAUCCGAAAAAUACUUCUUUUGAAAGAAACGUAGAAACAGCACUCCAAAACUUCAUUUGUGUCUACUUAAUUGACUAGCUGAUGACUUAUGAGGUACCUUCGUGCCACUUACCUGCCUACAAAUCCUUGUCUAGCGUUUCUUCCCUAACAUCAACGGACGUUUGAUUUAACAAGGCCACAAAUAGAAGAAGACACUUCUUACUAUUCAGAGGAUAGUUAAAUGUUCAUACUCUUUAGGUCCAGGCGAUUUCUGCGAGCAAACUCUGUAUAGCUACCUCUUUUCGUAGUAUUUUGCAAAAGUUUAGUCCUCGGUUCGUCCACCUGAUGCGGGCCGCUGACAAAUUAAGGUUGCAUAUAUUUUGGAAUUCAAAGGUAGACCUGUUUACUGUUCAAAGUUUAUCUAUAAAUUCUCUCCUUUAAUUCGUCCAAUUGUUUUCCUGUUAAAAAUUACCUAUUUUUUCCUCAAUCAAAAGCAUUUGAGAAAGGAGAAACGGGUUUGUUCCUCUCAGCAGUCCUCACUUAUUGCAUGCCUAUGCACAGUAGAGAAUUCUUGGCCCUUAUGCAUGUUAGAUAUGAACAGUGAGGGUAAUUCUACCCUUAGAAGGUUGCCUGCAAUACUUCACGAUGGUGGCAGUGAUGAUGAUGAUGAUGAUGAUGAUGAUGAUGAUGAUGAUGAUGAUGAUGAUGAUGAUGAUGAUGAUGAUGAUGAUGAUGAUGAUGAUGAUGAUGAUGAUGAUGAUGAUGAUGAUGAUGAUUAUGAUUAUGAUUAUGAUUAUGAGUAGGAGGGGAAGGAGGAUGAUGAUGUGACAGCGGCGGCGGCACUAGUAAGCAUGAUAAUGAAGGUGCUGAUUAUGACAAUCCAAUUUAUGAUCAUGUUGAACCGUAAUUUCACGAUAUUGGCCAGAACGUUUUCCCUCUUCGCGCCCUUAUCUUUUGCGGGACUCAGCUGCCCGCCUAAUUAAUGCGUAAAUCUGCACUUUUUGGCACUAUCAGCUUGUCCGAACAUUUUGUCGGCAACUCUUUCAGAUGGGCACAGGACUGUGAAGUUAUGUCAGAAGCAACAUAUUCCGGCAGCAGACUCCCAUACUUUUUAAAUAUUGCCUACUGUUCAUGGCAGGAUAAGUUUUUGUGGCAUGUGCAAAACGUAGUUAGAGGUAGUGACGCUUUUUUCCGAUUUUCCAAACACAUACCACCUUGGCCAGUCUGCUGACGAAAACACUAGGCACCAGGAGUGCAUAGUGAAGUCCCGCGCAUCUGCAUACUUUCUAAGCCUAAUGAUGACUAAUCAAAAGGGUGCGGUUGUUCAGGCUAGUAUACUCGAAUCUUGACUUAACACCAGUAAGUAUUUGCCUGCAUGCCUGGGUUUAGGUGGUGGGGAAAGUAGUUAUGUCGAAUCAAAUUUUGAAGCAUGCUUUGAAUGCCAGAGAAUGGGCUGCAACAACAUCUUUGGUCAUCUUCUAGCAACCGUCAACAAGCGCAUUAUCAGUUAUUAGCAUGACAAGGGAAUAGAACCCCCGCCCCCUCCCCUAUUCCGGGAGCUUUAAUCUAAUUUGCAGAGCGAUGCUGGCCAGUAAUAAAAUUAAGACUAGGUCACGGGAACAUUCACCCUCCCUAAAUGCUUGCGCAAGAGAAAACGCACAACCGCGGCAGGGGGUUCCUAUCCCCGUGUCUGGCCGUAUUAUAGAAGGUACACCCAUGGAUUUUAUUUUAUUAGCAAAUGCCAACGUGCCUGGUAGCACUUGAAUGUUGGAUUCUCUCCAUACUAACUCGUGUUGUAGACAAUUUUAAACUCAUUUUGUAUGCCUUGCAAGCCAUGUGGGCCAGUUAGAUUUCAUUUGAUGGAUAUCCCUGAAAAGACAAGUAUUCAGCUUGCUCAGUUGUUAUGAAACUACCGCCAGAAUAUAUUAUAUUUUGUGUUUUUUACGUAAUUUUACGGUAACUCGGCAUUCUGGCGCCUGAUCAUAGUAGAAAAAAUAAACUUCUUGCUUUGCGCUGCUUAUUCAUUUCUUUCUGCUCUUCCGCCUACCCCUAAUAACAUCACCGAUUAUCAGCCAGCUUAUAGCAUGCAUUAAAACUCACUCCAUCGGCAUCAACCUCAAUUAGGACAAAUUAACAUCUUCUGAUACUCUAUCAUAUGUGUAAUUUGAGCCGAAACUCAUGAAAACAUUGACCCUGCAUUUUUAAAUAUGUUGUUCAAACAAUGGCGUUCCCCAAAAUGCAGUUUCAAUGACGACUAACGCGCGGCACUCACUCAAAGUUGAUUUGUACAUGGCAUUAUGCUGGCUUUUGAUUGAACAUCUUUGUAGAUAACCUCUCCUCCCAGCAAAUCACACCCCAGAGAACAGAUAAUUACUUGCGUAACAGGUGUUAUGGCUGUGAUCUUCCCCUCUUGCUUUUAUUCGUUCGUAUAUUCUUGAAGGAGCGAAUAAGUGCAAAAUGCGUAUUAGCAAAAAUUUGGCAAUUCACGAUUGUGUGGUUAAAACGAAGGUGCUUAUCAGUCCUUUAAGGGUUUGUAACUAGUACUCAGUUGAGAUUGUUCCAUGAUUAUCACUCGAGACAAGACGAGGCACCCCAAAUAGAUUCGAAGAGAGAUCAUGAAUUUGGUCCAGCGCGACUGCGAUAGACUUAAUUUACAAGCUGUGCAAAGAAAUGACAACUGAUUAUUUUUUUAGAAAAAACUCUUGAUGCAGUAAACUCCUUUAAAACCGAAAUGUACCUUUGUUUCGAUCGAAAUAGCCAGGGAAACGCGAGUUGCCCGAAAAUACAAAUCAGUUUUUGCGCGCAGUUUUUUAAAAAUAUAUGAUUUAAGCGACCAAAACUUUGUCCAAACAAAAGCCAGCAUAUGCCUUGUAUGCGCAGAUUUGGUGAUAUGCGCCAAGCUACUUGGCGCUCUAAUAUAACUUAAUCCGGACGUAGAAUUACCGACGAGUGUCAAUGGUUUAUGGGUUUUGGCGAAUAUUGUGUGUGCGUGUACGCCAACAUAAAUAUGAAGACUUGACGCGAACUCUGCUCCUCUCAAAUUUUAUCCACUUCUAGCCAAUCACUUCACUGAACUAACAGAGAAGCAGUUCAUACACAAUCUUCGCUCAAUGAUCAAUGGCGAUUUCAGACAUCAGAUUGACCAGUUUGGUUGGACCUUCUUCAAAGCCGUGGACAUUGAAGGCACCGGUUACAUCUCCAUGACAGAAUAUCGAAACUUGCAGGAGGCCUGGCGAGUCGGUCGGGGUGAGGCGGAGGGAAUGUUUAAGGUGAGUGAGCACGUUUCAUCACGACCUUUCUCACUGCUUAUUGGAGGGCAGCCUAAACCGCUCCUCUACUAUAAUGUGCAUGUUGUUGCUCGGGUCCUCGUGGACUGUGAGCUACGAGCAUUACUCAACAUUGCAGCAGAUAGCUUAAGUAAUCAUUCAGGCAUGAUCGUCCUACAAGCCGACUGAGUUAUUCAAAUAAGCAACGAAUUUUUCGCCCUGCGUGACUGUUGCAGAUGGAGGACACAGGCAUUACAGAGCAUAGCCGAACGUUUGGCUCAGUGGGCACCUACGCAGUAAUCGUUUUUUUUAUCAUUUCCGAAAUGCUCAUUUUCAUUAACUAAACGUGGGUGAAUUUGAUAAGAAAAGCGUGAUUUUACUAGAACCUUUCCCGAGUAAGUUUUCGAUCUAAAUUUCCCUUAAAGUGUUGGUAUCUUUAGGAAGAUCCGCCAAAAUAUGACCAUGUACUGCGGGAUUUCAAAACAGCAGACCACUAAUGCAUGUGCGGUCACCUCAAGACUACCCUUUCUGGUCGGGUUUUCCGUUUUCAUUGAAGCGCUGGUCCAUAGUCCCUGUAGACACUACCAAACGACUGAAUGAGAAUGACGAUUGAGCUUCUUCGUCGGAGGGUGAGUGCUUUCAAGUGCUAACUCCACGAAGACGUUUGGGGUGUUUAGAGUGUCGGAAGAAGAAGUCCGAACUACGAGACAGACUGAUGAUCCCGUUGCUUUGAAGGGAAUAUGAGUAAAGUCACCUAACCGGGAUAAUUUUGCGAGUGACGAAAGUCUGAGGAAAGAGGAACGCGCAUGUCCCUGUCUAACGUUGACUAAAUGAACUCGCAACCGUGCAGAAUUCACUUACUACACGAUUUCUUCUAAGGUAACAUGGUAACACUUAAGUAGCAAAAACAGUCAGCUGUUUCGCAUGCACGUAUAAAAAUUGGCCUCACCAGGUUUCUUGAUAAGAACUGGGACUCCGACAUUGUAGCAGAAGGCAUGACCGAUUUGGUUCGACUGGAUAUGCCAGUCUUUGUGUGUAUGUGAUUGCCCCUAAAACAGACCACGCGGUAGAUGUGCUGGAGUAACAGGGGGAGGGGGAACCAGAUCGAAGUCCGACCGGCGUUAUCGGAAUGCGUACCCACUAUAAAUGUCAACACUGGGGCCUGGCGGCAUGCUCUUUUACAGACUCACGCCACGGCAACAGAGAUCCGAGUGGUAAAACCCUGGUCACUGGGGGUUGUGGACCAGGGGUGUGGUGGUACGCCUAGGUGCGGAUUUUCGCCGUGACAGCCACCUGCGCUCCCCCUCCUGCCUCCAGUCUUCUUGACUUUGUCUUGACGUCGGGCCCAUGGCGGUAAGGAGAAAAGAAUGUGGUAGAUGCUGCCUAAGUCAACUGCCACUUUAAUCUAAUUUACACGCAACUAAUCAUCCUUGCGUCCAGCCUGUUGUGAGUAAAACGGUAGACAUCGUCGGAAAUGACGCUCGGACGGUUGUAUGUUUUCCACUUCCUGUGCGAGAUGGCUGACCGGCUUCGAAGAUGAAAUGGUGCAUUGGGGAGGUAAAGGAGAAUGAGGCAGAUACGGGAGACUCCGCACCUACGGCACUUAAGCCUAUAUUCCUUACUAAAAGCAAUUUGAUGCACCUAUAAGCUACCACAAGGAUCCAAAAGCCAUGGCUUGAAAGACUGCCAACCGACGGGAUAGCUCCGUCCGCGUUUUAGGACUGAGAGUCAGGCUGCAAUGGCUCCUUAUAAUGCGGCCUCUAUGGCACUCCCAUUCACUUUGAAUUCGAGCUUUUCCUUUCUUGAUAGUGUGGAAACCCCAUCCAUCAUGCGUGUACCGAGACCACCUUGGUUUGAGGUGCGAUUUCGCAAUGGUCGAACUGACGUGUGUGUGUUUUCUUGGUAUACUGAAGAAUGCGCGAAAGGCUUGACAAGCAAACGUGCCCGAUGUCUUCCUCAGCCGUCCGGGCUCCGCCACUGUUAUACCUUGGUAACUAUGUGGGAGGGGAAGGGAAAUGUCGACAGCGGACACCUUUAUCUCACAGUAGCUAUGGUUAUGAGCAUCUAAACUCUCCCUGUACCCCUGUGGCCUUGGAGAUGAAUUUUUGCAACUGGAAAAAAAACGUUGGCUUUGCAACGAGAGGCAGAUUGCGAAGGCUUAUUCUAAGUGGGAUUUUGAUACCAACUGUUAGACUCAUUGAUAUUUGACUGUAUUACAUCUGACACGGCUGGUGUAUUUAUAUGCAAAGCAGACCGAACCCGACAGUUCGACCGCCGUGGGCUCCACAGCAAGGUGAGAGCAGGGACGGUGACUUGCGCGUGAGUUAGUUUAUAGUGUGGGUAGACUUACACAACACCGGAGGUGAGGGAGGGCACAGGUAGCUGGCACGGCCGGACCCGCACCUAGGCCUACCACCAAACCCCCUCUGGUGCACAACAAACACCUUACCAGGAUUUAAACCAAUAAGAAAAUAAACGAGUCGGAAAGAGGAGGAUGACUGGCAACCAUGCUUGCGACCCGUAUACCCAACGGGAGCGCAAGCGCGCCUACCGGCAGGGAACCAGGUGCCAGAAAUCUGCCAGCGCACCCAGGUUGCGACAGCCACGGUUAGCGGACGCACACAGUCCUUGAGGUCCAGGAAGGUGAUACGCAGUCCUGCAUUUAGCCUGGGCCAUCAGCCUUAAAGGGCCGGGUAACCGGUCAGUCAUCGACUGAAUGUCACUACCCAUGCACACACACACACUCCUCACAUGCAUGAGAGUGCCAGAGGUCAAGUUAAGAAGGAACCGUUAAGUCUGACUCUCAGUUCAUCAGUCCGCCACUCCAUACAAACACAUACAACCGGGCAGAUUACGUUGACUGAGAUGAGGCGUCAGUUCGCAACAUUCCAAGUCACGGCGCUUGGCGCACAAUGAUAGUCCCAGACUCGGAUCACAUAUGCAGCAGGGACGCAGCAUGGAGAAGGGACCGAGAAGUACACUUCCCACUGGCGUGAGAGGUGGUGACGCAGAGCUUGUGUUGUGUGGCGAUGGGUGAUAUUGUUGCGUGGUGUAGGAGCAGGUGGGGGAAGGUGUGAUGGUGUGGUGUAGCCGGCGGUUUUUUGUCGCAGCUUUUCAUGAAUGCGCAUCUGACCUUGUAGGCUCUUGCAGUGGUUGAAUGUGCGGGGAAAGUGAGCGCAGUUGAGGCGAAUACGGUGACUUUAGGUUGAUGUUCCAGGCAAGGGCUCGCCAUUCUAUGUGCGGUGGAUUCGCAAGCGACCGACCAGGCCAAGGUGAGAGGUAAAUGUAUGAAGACCGGACCCAAAUAUCGCAUGUUAGUCGUUGUCCCCACGCUGCGUUCCUGCCACCGACCUCGGAAAAGAUAGGGAGACCGGUGGCGCGCAACUUAUCUCACUGAGCUGUGUUCAAAUUCAGGUGCGGGUCACUACUGUCACCCUGUUGUGGUCUUUUUUCUGUCGGGAAUCCCAACAACAAUGUAAAGGAGUUGCUCCGUACGCUUAACUAAUCAACGACCGGUAGGACUCUCAUAUAUAAAUAAGGUUUUUCUGAUCUCCUCUGAAUAGAGAGGAACUGCAGUUUUCGCCCCGAACGUCCCGAGCAGAUCUUGACUCUCGUCUAUUUUGUUUCAGGUGUUGGACACAGACAAGGAUGGUAAAAUUAGCAGCGAUGAGUACUUAUCAGCCUGGGUUGAAUACUUCCUUGGCGAGGAUACAAACAGUCCAUACAAGACCUUCUUUGGACCAGUCAUCUUCAAACCGGCUCAAGGGCAGUAA